AACAUGUAGACACCGAGAAUCUCUAGAGCGCAAUAAUAAUAAAAAAUAAAAAAAAAACAAAAAAAAAAUUGAAUAUGGCAAAGACAAAUCAAACGAGCGCGGGCGCGGCUGCACCAGAGCCGAAAAUGAAUUAUUUACAAAAAAUUUGGCACUUCCGCCGUUAUCUGGUGAUCGAGCCGUUCUUCUUCUUCUACUUUAUGGCCUCCGUUCUCAACCAGGUGGCCAUGCAGAAUUUCCCGCUGGAAAAGGCGUGCCGCGUAAAUCUGGGCUACAGCAAGGCCACCUGCACGUCCAUGCUGGACAAAUCUGUGUUAGGUAUCGAGUGCGAUAAUUUCAAUUUCGAGAACACGACAAAUGGCGCCACGCCGGAGCAGGGUCUGCUGGGCAUCGAUGCGACGGGCUUCAAUUACACGGUUUGCAAAGCGGAAGUGGAGGCCCAAAUACUGUCCGCUGAUAUUUCGGGAAAGCGUGCACCCAUUGCCGCCAUAUUUCCGCUGAUCGUGCUGCUCUUCGCUGGAGGCUGGUCGGAUAGAUACAAUAAGCGCAAGCCAUGCAUGAUCCUUCCCAUUGUGGGCGAGGCGCUCGGUUUUACCUGUCUGCUCAUCUCGGCUAUAUUCUUCGAUAGCCUGCCCGUGGAGUUCGGCAUGUACCUGGAGGUGAUUGUGCCCUCGCUUUGCGGUGGCCUGACCUUCUGCUUGAUGGCCAUAUAUAGCUAUAUUACCAUUGCCACGCCCGAGGAGGAUCGCGUCUUUCGCUUCGGCAUCUUUGCCAUGUUUGUGACCGGUGCGCCCUUCCUAGGCGCCUUUAGUGGAGUGCUCUUCAACACUUUUGGUUACAUAAUUUCUUUCGCAUCUGCCGUUGUCUUUCAAAUUAUUGCUAUACUCUACAUCAUCUUUUUUAUCAAGGAGCUUAAGCCGGCGCCUAAAAAGCCAGAGGAAUCGACGGUCGCCGAUCUGCCUGCCAGUCAGCUGCAAGGGCAUGCGGCUGAUAACAUGGCUUAUGAAACGACCAACAUGGAUGAGCUGCCGGUCAAUAAGAACGUCAACUUUCAAUUGACGCCGCACCUGGAGCCUCCCAAAGUGGAGCCACCGCCCGUUCCAGCACGCCGCUCCUUGCUAAAAGAACUCUUUGAUCCCACGCUGGUGGUGGACUGCCUUCGGUUUCCUCUAGUGAAGCGCAAAAAUAAUGGACGCUUUUUAUUGAUACUGCUGAUUUUGGCCUAUUUCCUGACCCUGGGACCUGCCACCGGAGAAAACGACUAUUGGUAUCGCUACACAUUGAAGAAGCUGAACUGGAAUGGCAACGACUUCAGCAUCUAUUCGACCAUCUCCGGCCUGGCUGCUCUGGUGGGCACCUUUAUUGGCACCGCGAUUCUGAGCAAAAUGCUCAAAUUCUCGGACCCUGCAAUUGGCACACUCUCCGCCCUGGCCAUUGUCGGAUCCCGCGUCUUGUUUUCCUUGGCAACAAACACUACCUCCUUUUAUGUGGCCACCGCGGUGGACAUGUUUGUCAGUCUGCGCGUGAUUGCGAUCAAAACAAUUGGUGCCAGUAUUGUGGAUGGAGACGAGCUAAGCAAAAUGUAUUCCAUCUUUGGCAUCAGUGAACCCAUCGGCCAGUUCAUAUUCCCGCCCAUCUACAGUGAGAUUUAUCAAAGCACCGUCGACAAAUUUCCGGGAGCCAUCUUUUUGUUUGGCGAAAUCUUUUAUGUUCCCAAUGUGUUGGUCUUUGUACUCUGCUAUUUUUUGAUGCGUCGUCGUAAGUCCAAGGAGCAGAAAAAUGCCGUCGAGUUGGCACAAAAUAACGAGCGCAAUGGGCAGACGAAUCCCGCCAAUGGCACCGAGAUUACUAGUCUUUAAACCAAUUAUAUAUACAACUAUUCCUCUUUUGUUAUAUACUUCUGCAAAGGCCAAUUUCUGAUUCUUUAUAUAAACCUAAGUGUAAGUCA